AUGCUGCAAAAGAAUCUGAAAGAUUUGAAGAGAUCAAUUUCUGCGAAAUUCGGGAAGCGAAGUAAAUCCUCUUCACAAAGCGUCCAAAUACCAACCAUUAUCUCCGAUCACCAAUGCGCAACCUCUUCCCAUGACGAUGAGGAUCCUUACAGGGAGAUACUUCGAACAUACAGCGACAACGUCUCUCACCUUGUUUUCCAUGGUUCGUCAUUGAAGUCAAUGCGCAGUUUCGACUCGGACAAGUCGGUCAACCAACCGGAAUUCCGCCAAUCUUCCUCAGACACUCAUUUGGAGAGCAGCAACCAAGAAACCAAUUUAAAGUCAAAAUUGACACUAAGAACGUGA